CGGGUCGGCGCAGUUCUACUACGGCUCUCCAACGCACAGGGCUGGGCGCCGGUGUUCGACGUGCUGCGCCUCUUCCCGGACGACGGGUGCUCGUACCCGACGGUCUGCGGCGCGUACGGCGUGUGCACGGACGCGCAGUGCAGCUGCCCCGACGCGGCCAACUUCCGCCCGGUGGACUUCCGGAGGCCCAACCGCGGCUGCGUCCCAGCAGCAACGCCGGCGACGUCGUGCGGCUCGUCACGGCGGCAGGGCACGCAGCACCGGCUGGUGUCGCUGCGGGACACGGGGUACUUCAACGACCACGCCACGAGCAUGCGGGCCGUGGAGAGGGUGAGCGAGGAGGCGUGCAAGAAGGCAUGCCUGGACGACUGCAAGUGCGCGGCGGCGCAGUUCUACUACGGCCCCGACGCCGGCGACGGGUUCUGCUACCUGCAGUCGGAGGUGUUGUCGAUGCAGACGCUGCAGCCGGAGCUCGUGCACUACAACUCCACCAUGCACAUCAAGGUGCAGGCCAAAUCGGCCAGGUCUUGA